AUGGGUGGUCGCUACGGAGCUCUCGGCGCUACAUUCCAAAUCGCCCGGCUCUUCCAAUUUUGCUCGCUGAUCGCGAUAAUCGGCAUGACAGCCAAAUUCAUUUCUUCCAUCGUUUCGAACAAUGCAACUCCUCCAAAUAUUCUUAUCGGAACUAUAUCGGUGACAACUAUCGCAGUCGUCUACUGCAUCAUCUCAGCAAUUCUCUUCGUCGAUAAUAUCCUACCUUUUCUCGCCAGCGCAGUCGCAGACUUUGCUGUUCUAAUUGCCCUCAUCGUGGUGGCUGUUGUAAUGGGCAAGCCAUUGUCUUACUUGAAGUGCAACACACUUGCGGAGCUGGGAUACAAGGACGCGACCGUCUACGCAUUUUCCUCUAAGCUGUCUAGCUAUAUCGCUACGAUCAACGGGAAAAUCGGCUACUCUUCUUGGAUCGGCGCGUCAAAGGCAAUUUGCAUCGAGACGAAGGCUAUUUGGGGAUUGAGCAUUGCUCUUUGUAUUUUGUUUUUCUUUUCGUCUAUCUGCAGCGUUUGCUUGUGGCGCCAGAAGAAGGCUAUGACCGAGCUCGAUGAUAAAUAA